AUGGAGACGACCUUCCACAUGCGCGACGGCGUCCAGCUGCGAGGACAGAUCCACGACCCUCCCUCUUGCACCACCCCAAAGGCACUCUGCAUCAUCGCGCAUCCGUAUGCACGCCUCGGCGGCUCCCUGGACGACCAUGUCGUCCAGUCGCUCGCGUAUGCGCUCUCUUCGGCCUCCUCCCCGCAGCCUCACGCUGCAGCCACCGCCACCGCCACCGCGCCGCGCACAUGCGUGCCAGCACGUGUCGUCCUCGUCAACGCUCGUGGCGCGAGCAGCGGCAGCUACUUGGCAGGAGCUGCUGACGCUGCCGACUCGGCCGGUUCGGCCAGCUGGACCGGCAGCACCGAGGCCGCAGACUUUCAGGCGGUGCUGGACAUUUCGAUCGAGCAGUUCGCAGCCGCAUGGCCACAUGCAGCAGGGGUCCCAUUGGUGCUAUGCGUACGUCCUACUGCUAAACUGCCGCAAGGCUACUCAGCCGGGGCAUUGUAUGCAUCCUCUGCGCGGCGACCAGCCGAGCGGCGCAUCCAACUGCAGCCCGAUGUGACACCGAGCGCUGCGGCGUUGCGCACAAAGUACGUCCUGCUCUCCUACCCGCUCGACGUGCUCUGGGCCCUCUCGCUCUUUCGCAGCGGUACGUAUACCAAGCGCCUCGAAGCGCUCUUGCAGCCUCCGCAAGCGCCACGCGAUGCAGAUCAGGCGAUACCUAUUGACGUGUUGAUGGUGCAUGGUAAUGAGGAUCAGUUCACCAAAAAGACGAGCUACGACAAUCUGUGCCUGCGUUUGGCCAGCAUUGCAGCAGACUCAGCUGUCGCGAUGAGCAAUAAAGCGGCCGAUGCUGGCGCUGCUGCUGCCGUAUCUCCCCCCGCUACUUUCCGACACCACUGCAUCGAAGGCGCGGACCACUUCUGGCGAUCAAAGCGUCAGCGCCAACAAAUGAUCGAGGUGAUCAUGCGGUUCCUUGGGCCUGAGGAAAUUUAA